GCCCUCCCACCCCAGAGUCUAUAGACCCCAGUGAAGAAAUGACAGACACAGAGGACAACGAGGAAGAGGACCUGGGAGUCAGAGAGGACCUGAACAUUAUCCUUCACCUGCUGUCGCAGCUCAAACUGGGCAUGGACCUCACACGGGUGGUACUCCCUACCUUUAUCCUGGAGAAGCGUUCCCUCCUAGAGAUGUACGCUAACUUCAUGGCUCACCCAGACAUGUUCCUGAACAUCACCACGGGAACCACCCCAGAGGAGCGCAUCGUCCGAUUCGUGGAAUACUACCUGACCGCCUUUCACGAGGGGCGCAAGGGUGCCGUGGCCAAGAAACCCUACAACCCCAUCCUGGGAGAGAGUUUCAGGUGUUCCUGGGACGUCCCCGAGAGAGAAGGCUCUUCCCCUAACCCCGCCUCUUCCUCUAGAGGCUCUUCCCCUAACCCCGCCUCUUCCUCUAGAGGCUCUUCCCCUAACCCCGCCUCUUCCUCUAGAGCCUCCUGCCGGACAGGAACGGAGGGCGGGGGUGCUCAGACAGAGGACUGUUACCGGGUAAGGUUCGUGGCGGAGCAGGUGUCACACCACCCACCCGUCACUGGGUUCUACUGCGAGUGUAAAGAGAGGAACAUGUGCGUCAAUACCCACGUCUGGACCCGAAGCAAGUUCAUGGGCAUGUCCAUCGGAGUGUCUAUGGUCGGGGAAGGUGUUCUACGUCUGUUGGAGCAUGAUGAGGAGUAUGUUUUCACUCUGCCCUGUGCCUACGCCCGCUCCAUUCUUACCGUACCCUGGGUGGAGCUGGGAGGGAAAGUCACCAUCAGUUGUGCCAAGAGUGGAUACUCUGCCACCGUUACCUUCCAUACUAAACCCUUCUAUGGAGGAAAGAUACACAGAGUGACAGCGGAGGUGAAGCACAACCCGACGGGGACCAUAGUGUGUAAGGCCCAAGGUGAAUGGAACGGUACCCUAGAGUUCACCUACAGCAGUGGAGAGACCAAGGUCAUCAACACCUCCAAGCUGCCUGUCAUCAGGAAGAAGAUACGCCCCAUGGAGAAACAGGGACACUACGAAUCACGGCGUCUGUGGCAGCAUGUCACCUCAGCUCUGAGAUCAGGAAACAUUGACUCUGCUACAGAGCACAAACACUGUCUGGAGGAGAGGCAGAGAGCAGAGGGCCGACAGAGAGCUGCCUCCAACACACCCUGGACACCCAAGUACUUCAUCAAGGAGGGCGAGGGCUGGGUGUAUCACAACCCCUUGUGGAAGACCCACUGACGAGGGGAGGGGCCUCGGGGGGAGGGGCAACGUGCCAGCUGCCAAUCACAGCACAGCGAGCGGCCCGCUGGUGGUCAUGGCAACACACAGGGGACCAGCUAGCCGGGCCGCUAGAGAGUAGAGGAAAUACACAAGGGGCCUGUGUUCCAAAUGGAACCCUGUUCUCUAUAUAGACAGACAACUGCAGAAAGAGUGCACUACAUAGGGAAUAGGGUGCUAAUUUUCAGAUUUGCCCAACGGAUUGUCUUGAAUGAGGAGCUUGUGUCUCAGUCAUUCAAUAAGAAUGAGAGGUGCCAAAGACUCUCAAGAGGGACAGGAACUACAGUCAAGACAGCAAAAGCUCACUGAAACUCGGCGGCCAUUUUGGAGACGGACCGGGUCGAACCAGGAAGAGGUUGGUUAGGGACAGAAGAUGAGCGUGAUCGUUGGUGGUCAAAGAUAGCUGAACAAUUAUGUAGCUUUUUUUUAAUAUACAGUAGAAUCUAAAUACCAGAAGAAUAUAUUAUAUUCACAUGCUUCUUCCUUCACUUUUAAUUGGUUUGCACAGGUACUGUAGCUGUCUCCACUGUUAUUACCCAGUAGGCCACAGGAGGGGUUGUCCUUCCAGCUGUCUCCACUGUUAUUACCCAGUAG